UGGGCAGUGUAAUAAUUCAGAGUGAAAUAGAGAAACCUUAACGAGCAAAAAUGUUUCUUAUAGUUCUUUCAACAUGUUGGGUACAUUUAUGGAAAUAUUACGUAGGUGACAAUGUGUUAAAAAAUAUUUCCAUUGUGAACUCAGUAGGCUCAGCAUUUGGUUGCCCUAAAUAAAAUAAGUGUAAAAAAAUCUAUAAACCUGUCCGUUCUCCAUAGCCCUAAAAUAAUACGUGCUCAUUGUCGAAGAGCACUUGCGUACGAAGAUUUCGGUUUAGAAAUGAACAGAAGAAUGGAAUUCGUCGUAAUACAGCUGCCCAUUUUGUUCAGUAAAGUUAUUGAAGUUACAGGCUAUUGCAGCUGUUGUAAAGGAAAAAAAAAAGAAACGUGAAAUUGACCGCAUGCAAGUGUGUGCCUUUCUGAAAAAAAAAAUCUUAUAUUCCAUAGUAUGGCGUGCAUCAUAGAGGCUUCCUUCGUUACACCUAAUAGUGCAUGCUACCAAAGUGUCAAACAGAAAAAAAUACAAGCGUGUAUUUUUUAUUAUUCUAUUGCACCGAUAUGCUGUAAUAAAGUAUACGUACAUCGGGCCAUCAGAAAAGGUACAUAAAGGAUCGAGCAGAGAGGUGCUAACAUGUUUUCGUAUGCUGCUAGCUUUCCUAAAGCUAGUUCACCUAAAGAAUGACGAUGCUUAUACGUUUAAACACUUUGCUCUGCGCCCUCCUAACUAUAUAUCAGCAAUGUGAGUGCCGCAUUCCAUCUUCAACGAUUCCUCUGCCGGAGACACUCGAUAUCACAAAGGUCUACCAUAACGAAAGCCUUGUAUGGACUGUGAAUACGACAGCACAAACGCAAAUAAGAUGCCGAGUGGACGUUGUUACGGCCGCGAAUGCGACAUAUGUCACAUUUAAUAGAACGUAUUAUUGGCAGAAUAACAAAACAGUGAACCCCUUGGAAGGAAAUUUGGUGCACCUGAAUAUUUUCGCCGAUAAAAGUGGAAAAUUGGAUGGCAUGCUUCUUCACGGGCAUGGUGCGAUGAUAUCUUCCAGGGAGCAACUCAGAUAUGUCGAUAAUAACAACACGUGUGGCGUGUUCUCUGUGCAAUUACAAUCUGGGCGCCCGUGGUAUGAACUUCGGGCGUUGAAUUCAACAGUGGAAAGCAUUCCUCAGCAAUGCCUAGAUUUGAUCAAGAAGGUUGUCCUACGCGGGCAGAAGUGGAAAAGUUUGUACAAUUCAACCUGUCAAAACAUUAUAAAAAAUGAGAAUCACUAAAGGUGACCUGGUUACUUCAGAAAUAAACUAUAUUAGACAACACUGGAAAUAAUGUUAGGUUGCGCGCGAAUCUCAUGGAGAGCAAGUACACUUGUGCAAAUAAAAU